UCGUGAGGAUGGUGUUGACAGCGAGAGGCGACGGACGGGCAGUUUUAUAUGUCUAAAUUGAUAUCAGGACCUGAUGAAAUUACGUUUAAACGGAUUGAAAACAAUUAGUCCGCAGCCUACCGUUUGUGGAGGAAGGCGACACUGCCUGACCAAGGACGACGUUAAUAUUACUGAUGGAAUUCCCAGUCUUUGCUAGAUGGAGAAACGGAAAGGGUGGACUCGUUAUAAAUAAUUAAAAAGCCCAUCUGCUGCUAUAAUAAAAGGAAAAUGCAUCUGCACCAGGUGCUGACGGGAGCUGUAAACCCUGGAGAUUGCUGCUACUCGGUUGGAAGCGUGAAUGACAUCCCUUUUACGGCCUAUGGUUCAGGUUGUGAUUUGGUGAUCUUGGCGAGUGACUUUGACUGUGUUCAGAUUAUCCCAGGUGCCCAGAAUGGAAACAUACAGGUGGGCUGUGUGGAGUGCUCCCACCAGCUCGGCAGGAUUGCUGCAUCUUACGGAAACACAGUCUGCAUCUUUGAACCUCUUUCUACCAACCCAAAUAAACGGCACAAGCAGCUUAACUAUCAGUGGCAAAAGACAGGACAGUUCUUCCUUGAUGCCAUCACCUACAACCUGGCCUGGGACCCACAAGGGAACCGUAUCCUAGCAGCAACUGAGCGACUCCAGCUGUGGGCGCCGCCACAGACAGACGCCCUUAUAGAAGAAGAGGAUGGGCAGAUUAUUGAGGACAAGCCCCACCCCGUCCUCAAUGACUGGAACUGCAUCUGGCAGUGCAAGACUGCUGCAUCUGUCCACAUUGCCAAGUGGUCUCCUGAUGGGGAGUACUUUGCAACAGUUGGGAAGGAUGACUGUUUACUCAAGGUGUGGUAUCCCACCACCGGCUGGCGCUCUGCAGUGGUGGUCCAAGACCCAUCUGAUAAAAAGACCCCUCUUGUUCACUUCUCCUUUGUUUACCUGGCCCACCCUCGCUCGGUCACCGGUAUGUCCUGGAGGAAGACCAGCAAGUACAUGCCCAAGGGUUCCGUGUGCAAUGUUUUGCUGACAUCCUGUGAAGAUGGUGUGUGUAGGUUAUGGUCGGAAACCCUGUUACCAGAGGAUAGUCUGCUUGGUGGGCAGAUCUCUGAAAACACACACUCCUUCAGCUCCAGCCUGCCAGGCCUGGCGGGCAAUAAGGACAAGAUCCAGCAUGCUUUGGAGUCAAUUCAUCACCUUAAACAACUGCGGCGGGGCCGGCGACGGUCCUCUGCUCUGGUGGCACACAGUGAGCUGCUGCCUUCUCAGCUUGGCACACAGGACACACACACUCAUCGCCACAUCGCUCAUCAUGCCAACGCCCUGUGUCACUUUCAUAUCUCAGCCAGUAUUAACCCAAACACAGAUAUCCCAUCAGCACUAGCUGAUUCUACCAUCUUCAGUCCAGAGGAUGGCACCGGUGGUGGAGGCUUCAUGGUUCAUUGGCUCAACAAUAAGGACCUCAGCUUCACUUCUUCCAUGGACCUCUUUAUGCUGCAGCUCCGUAAGUUCUCUGAACAGCAGCUGGACCAGGCUGCUGAGGACCCCAUAGACCCUGAAGGAUCUCCUCUGAAGUUUGACUUUGAGCUGGAUGAGAUGUCUGACAAAACGUCCUCGGAGCAUGGGGAAGAAGCUGAUUCAGGAGAGCAAGGAAGUACUAAAGCCUCCUCCCCUGGAUCCAGCUCCAGCAUGCCUUUACCCUCCAUGCUGCUAGAAAGGAAGAUGGAGACUCUGACAACUGAGUGGAACAAAAGCCCAGAUAUGCUGUUUACCAUCCAUCCCACCGAUGGAUCUUUCCUGGUUUGGCAUGUAAAGUACUUGGAUGAAUACAACCAGGGCAUCUUCAGACAGGUUCAGGUGUCCUUCUCCUCUCGCAUUCCGGUAGCGUUCCCUACAGGUGACGCUAAUUCGCUUAGUAAAAAUAUCCUGAUGUACGCCUGCACUUUGACUGAGGGUGAGAGCGCGGGAACAGGCGAGCAAGGAAGAAUGGUCCAACGCAUCUCCCGCUCAGCUUCAGUCUCCGGUGCAUUGGGUUCAUCUGCUGUGUCCUCUUCCCCCAAACUUCGCCCUGGCAUUAGUCCUGCUGUCAUGAUGGUUUCCAAGCACGUCGAUGGAUCUCUUAACCAGUGGGCAGUAACAUUUGCUGAGCGUUCUGCCUUCUCCAACGUACUGACGGUAUCUCACAAGGUUCGGUACUGUGGCCAUCGUUUCCAUCUGAAUGACCAAGCCUGUCACACUGUGCUGCCACUGCUGCUGACCUCCUCUCACCAUAAUGCCCUGCUCACCCCUCCUUCAGCCCCUGGAAGUUUGGAAGGGGAACAUCCUCCAAUUCUUCCCCUUCCCAAGGGACUUCCCAGGAAGCAGCUUCGUAAUGCAGCUACAAGGACCUUCCAUGACCCCAACGCCAUUUACAGCGAGCUGAUUUUGUGGCGAGUCGACCACAUUGGACCCCUGUCCUGCACUGGAGGGGUCUCUGAACUGGCUCGCAUAAACUCUCUGCACACCUCUGCCUUCAGUAAUGUUGCAUGGCUGCCUACAUUAGUGCCCAGCUCAGUACUUGGAACCUACUGCAACAGUGCCAGCGCCUGCUUUGUGGCAUCAGAUGGUAAAAACCUGCGUCUUUAUCAGGCUGUCGUCGAUGCCAGAAAACUACUAGAUGAGCUGUCAGAUCCUGAGACAUCUAAACUGGUGGGUGAGGUGUUCAACAUUGUUAGCCAGCAGUCCACUGCCAGACCUGGAUGUAUCAUAGAGUUGGACGUCAUUACAAACCAGUGUGGCGCCAACACCCAGCUGCUUCAUGUCUUCCAAGAGGACUUCAUUCUAGGUUACAAACCUCAGACAGAACAAGAGGCAUACACACCUGUGUUUCCAACUGGCGAAGAUUACCAACCUGCUCCAUUUUCUGAGAAGUUCUUUCUGGUGGUGAUAGAAAAGGAUCUGAACAGGAACUCUGUCCUGCAGAUGUGGCACCUGCACCUCAAGUCUAUGCAGGCCUGUGUUGAUGAGCCAAGCCCAGAUUAUGGUUUUCAGAGCCAGCUUAUGGUUCCCAACCAAGUUAUGAAUGCCGACUCAUCUCCAGAGACCUCUCCUAUCCGACCCCUGCCGCGGUCAGCUUCUACAGCCAACUUACAAUCAGCCAGCAAACUCAUCCUCAGCUCCAAACUGGUGUACAGCAAGCGGCUUGACCUACCCCAUGGGGUGGAGGUUACCAGGGCUACCCCCUCUGCAGGUCAUCUGAGUUCCUCCUCUAUCUAUCCUGUGUGCCUGGCUCCCUACCUGAUUGUUACCACCUGCUCUGAUUCGCGGGUGCGGUUCUGGCACUGUGCUGUGGAGGGCGAUGAUGCAUCUAAUGAAGGCAACCACGACAACAAGGUGUACAACUGGGAACCCUGGGCCCUCAUGAAUGAAGAGGAGGACAACAACAGCUCUGUGUGUGUGUCAGGACGACCUGUAGCUGUGUCCUGCUCCUACAUCGGCAGACUAGCUGUGGCCUUUAAACAGCCACGACAAGGACAGCUACAAGGUUCUGUAGAAGAUUUCUCUAUGCAUGUGUCCAUCUAUGAGUGUGAAUCCACUGGUGGUUCAGAGUGGGUUUUAGAGCAAACUGUUCACCUUGAUGAUUUUGUCAGACCCUCAUCAACUUUGGAUCCAAGAGUCAGUGUGGAUUCCAACCUCUUUGUCUACAGCAGGUCUGAUCUGUACAUGAGCAGAGACCACAGCUCACCCAAUAUUAAGCACUUUGUGCACCUGGACUGGCUGUCAAAGGAAGACGGGUCUCACAUCCUCACUAUCGGGGUUGGCUCCAACAUUCUCAUGUAUGGCCGGAUUUCUGGCAUGGUCAACGAGCAGACCAGCAGUAAGGAGGGAGUGGCUGUCAUCACCCUUCCCCUAGGGGGCAGUAUCAAACAGGGUAUCCGCUCACGCUGGAUCCUUCUUCGGUCCGUGGACCUUGUAUCUUCUGUGGAUGGCACACCUUCACUACCAGUCUCCUUAUCUUGGGUGAGGGAUGGCAUCCUGGUGGUGGGUAUGGACUGUGAGAUGCACGUGUAUGCCCAGUGGCAUCAGGACAAGAAGCCGGGUGAGGGAGAAGAGGGCAACCUGUCAUCUGCAGACAUCGCUGGAGGUCAAACCACAGGUUCCUCAGUCUUCGAAGGGAGAACCAGAUCUAAGAGUGUGUUUGACGGGAGUGCUGGAGUGGAUGAGGCCCUCCGUGCCCCAGCAGGACUACAGGAAGGGGGACUGUUUGAGGCAGCUCACUCCCUGUCUCCAACUCUGCCACAGUACCAUCCAACCCAACUACUGGAACUCAUGGACUUGGGCAAGGUUCGCCGUGCCAAGGCCAUCCUCGCACACCUGGUGAAGUGCAUUGCAGGUGAAGUUGCUGUGGUGCGGGAUGUAGAAGCAGGAGAGGGUGGAUCUAGGAGACAUCUUUCUCGCACAAUCAGUGUGACCGGCAGCACAGCAAAAGACACCAUAGUGGCCGGCCGUGAGGGAGGCAGGGACUACACAGAAAUCAAUUCCAUCCCUCCCUUGCCGCUCUACUCUCUCAUGUUGGCUGACCUGGACACUUCAUACAAGGCAGCAGAGGAGACUGCUAAGGGAGCUAAGGUGGCUGAUGGUGAAGUAUCUCAGAAGUCCAGUGAGGAUCAGUAUGCUGACCUCUUCCAGGUGCCAACAGUUACCACGGAUGACUUUGUGAACUUUGCCACUGAUAAGCCAGAGAAGAAAUCUCGAGUUAUCAACCUCUCUCAGUACGGACCAACUUAUUUUGGACCAGAGCAUGCUCAGGUAUUAUCCAGUCACCUCAUGCACUCCAGCCUACCAGGACUGACCAGGCUAGAGCAGAUGUUCUUGGUGGCUUUGGCAGAUACUGUUGCCACUACCAGUGCUGAAGUCACAAGUUCCACAGAUCAACAGUACACAGGUGGCGAGGCCCUUGAUGAGUGUGGACUGAGGUACCUGCUCGCCAUGCGUCUUCAUACCUGCCUGCUCACCUCUCUGCCCCCACUCUACCGAAUGCAGCUUCUCCACCAGGGCCUUUCAACGUGCCACUUUGCAUGGGCCUUCCACUCAGAAGCAGAGGAAGAGCUGUUGAAUAUGAUCCCUGCCAUGCAGCGAGGAGACCCACAGUGGUCUGAGCUCCGAGCCGUUGGAGUGGGAUGGUGGAUACGGAACAUCAACACUCUGCGAAAAAUGGUUGAAAAGUUAGGUAAAGCUGCUUUCCAGAGGCACAACGACCCUUUAGAUGCUGCUCUCUUCUACUUGGCUAUGAAGAAGAAGGCUGUGCUGUGGGGACUCUUCAGGUCUCAGCAUGAUGAGAAAAUGACUCAGUUCUUCAAGAACAACUUCAGUGAGGAUCGCUGGCGAAAGGCAGCUCUAAAAAAUGCUUUCUCCCUGCUGGGAAAGCAGCGCUUCGAACAGUCUGCUGCAUUUUUCUUAUUAGCUGGUUCCCUUAAAGAUGCCAUCGAGGUGUUGAUGGAAAAGAUGGAAGACCUCCAGUUAGCCAUGAUUGUAGCAAGACUGUAUGAGGCCGACUUUGAGAACUCAUCCACCUGCCAAGGCCUACUUCAUGAGAAGGUUCUGGGUUGUAACAGGGACGGUAGUGGCUACCACUGCUCCAGACUGCACCCUGACCCUUUCCUUCGCAGCAUAGCCUACUGGAUCAUGAAAGAUUACACACGAGCUCUGGAUACGCUGCUGGAGCGUAUUCCCAAAGAUGAUGAUGAGAAUCCUGAUGUGAUGGUGAAAUCUUGCAACCCAGUGGUGUUUAGUUUUUAUAACUACUUAAGAACACAUCCUUUGAUCAUUCGUCGCCACUUUGCAAACCCAGAGGGCACAGCAACAACUGUGGGCCUCACUGCUGAGAAGAGCAGCGCAGACGAGAUCAACCUUAUAGAACGCAAACUGUUCUUCACUACUGCCAACGCACACUUCAAGGUGGGCUGCCCGGUUUUGGCUCUGGAAGUGCUCUCAAAAAUUCCCAAAGUUAGCAAGAAAUCCAGCUCCUCCUGUCUCAGCAAAGCUUCAUCCAAGAUAAAUGUAAACUCAAGCCAACCCUUGGAAAACGGCACUCAGGGAGGUGUUGACUGGGGCUCCCCAGCACCACCUACCCACGCCUGGGGAGGAAAUGAUUCUACUGGUGGGUUGGACUGGAGCCAGCCUGUAGUCCAGGUGGAGGAAGAUGAGCUCAAACUUGACUGGGGAGAUAACAAGGAAGAUGAAGAAGAUGAAGAGGACGAUGGUCUAACCAUGAAGAAACAAGAGCUUGAGACCAAAGCAGAUGAAGGCUCCAAGAGCGAUGGACCCAAACUACAAAGAGAGGACUCACAGGGUGAGUCAGAGGUGGAUGUGAUAGCAGAGCAGCUAAAGUUCAGAGCCUGUCUGAAGAUCCUGAUGACGGAGCUGCGCACGCUAGCCACAGGCUUUGAGGUGGAUGGAGGGAAGCUACGCUUUCAGCUCUACAACUGGCUGGAGAAGGAGAUAGCAGCGAUGCACAAGAUCUGCAACUACAAGGUGGAAGGGAAGGAGGAAGGAUCAGAGGUAGAGCGUUGGGGAGAUCGGACAGCAUCUGUGGACAUAUCAGAUGAGGCUCUAGAGGGUAUAGAGGCAGGGGCCUACGAGCGUCACCAGAUGGAACGACGUCGCCUUCAAGCCAAACAGCAGCACUCUGAGAGGCGCAAGGCGUGGCUGAGGAAGAACCAGGCCCUGCUGAGGGUGUUUCUAUCCUACUGCAGCCUUCAUGGAGCCAAGGGAGGUGGGGUCACCUCUGUACGCAUGGAGCUUCUCUUCCUUCUGCAGGAGAGUCAACAGGAGACCACAGUGAAGCAGCUGCAAUCUCCUCUGCCUCUGCCCACCACUCUGCCUCUGCUAUCAGCUUGCAUUGCCCCCACCAAGACAGUCAUAGCCAAUCCUGUUCUCCACCUCAGCAACCAUAUUCAUGACAUCCUCCACACCGUCACGUUGAUGGAGGCUGCGCCACAUCCUGACAUCAGUGAUGAUGGGGUGAAUUCUCUCCACACAUUAGCAGCAUCUUUGUCUGCUUGCAUCUAUCAAGCACUGUGUGACAGCCAUAGCUACAGCGGCCAAACAGAGGCCAACCAGUUUACGGGGAUGGUGUACCAGGGCCUGCUGCUUAGUGAAAGGAAACGACUGCGCACUGAAAGCAUUGAAGAACAUGUAACUCCCAACUCUGCUCCUGCACAGUGGCCAGGUGUGUCGUCCCUGAUCUCUCUAUUGACGUCUGCAAGGGAGGAGGACCAGCCGAGGCUCAGUGUGCUGCUGUGUGAAGCGGUCGUGGCUGUUUAUCUUUCGCUGCUCAUCCACGGCCUGGGCACUCACAACAGCAAUGAACUCUUCCGCCUAGCAGCUCAUCCUCUCAAUAACCGCAUGUGGGCUGCUGUGUUUGGAGGAGGGGCAAAAGUCAUUAUUAAGCCAAAGAGACCUGAGCUCCCACCAGUGCCAGCUGAUUUUGAGGCAGCCAGGCCAGAGGAGUCUCAAGAGACAGGAAGACCAGAACAGAGCAACCCCACCCCAAAUCCCACUCCCAUCCCUUCUGAAACCCAGCGCCCUAAACGACCCCCUCCUCCUGUCUUUAUGGGUGAGGGGCUGGGGGCUGUGUCACCUGCAACUAAGGCCAGCUCAACAGCUGGGCCUAGCAAGGAAUGUUCAGAGGCCAAGGCUGAGCAACCCUCUCAGACUAAUUCUGAAUCUGAGACUAAACCAGCAGCUCCUCAGGCCCCGGCAGAGGAUGUAGACCGAUACAGACGUAGAUUUAACAUGAGGAUGCUGGUUCCCGGUCGCCCUGUAAAGGAGACACCUGCCACCCCACCUCCUGUGCCAACAGAGAGACCUACCUACAAAGAGAAAUUCAUUCCCCCAGAGCUGAGCAUGUGGGACUACUUUGUUGCUAAACCCUUCCUGCCGCUCUCAGACAGCAGUGCUUUGUAUGACUCAGAUGAAAGCGGCGCAGAAGAUGACGAAGACGAUGAUGAUGCCUUCCUCUCUGAUACACAGAUGACAGAACACUCUGAUCCCACCUCCUAUAGCUGGGCUUUGAUUCGCCUGGCCACAGUGAAACUGGCUCAUCACAACGUCAAGAACUUCAUCCCUCUCACUGGUCUUGACUUCACAGACCUGCCCGUCACGUCCCCUCUUAGUAAUGCCGUGUUGAAGACUUUAGAGAACUGGGAACAGCUUCUGCUGGAACGAAUGAACAAGUUUGAUGGUCCACCUCCUAAUUACAUCAACACUUACCCCACUGACCUCAGUGCAGGAGCUGGCCCAGCUAUACUGCGGCACAAGGCCAUGCUGGAGCCUGACAACACACCCUUCAAGACAAAGAAUCAUCAGUCCUUCCCAGCCCGACGUCUUUGGCAUUUCCUGGUCAAACAGGAUGUUCUCCAGGAAACCUUUAUCCGUUACAUCUUUACUAAGAAAAGGAAGCAGUGUGAGUCUUUAGAGAACCAUGUGGACCGUAUAAAUCCAAACUGCAUAGCUGGAGCUAGCAGUCCCUAUAAGGUGGAGGCAGAUCUAGGCUACCCAGGAGGAAAGGCUAAAAUCAUUCACAAAGAGUCUGAUAUAAUCAUGGCGUUCACCAUCAACAAGGCUAAUUCCAAUGAGAUUGUACUGGCCUCCACUCAUGAUGUGCAGGAAGUGGAUGUCUCUACUCUAGUGGCUGUUCAACCUUACACAUGGAUAGGGGAGGACUUUGAUAAGGAGUCCCGCAGCUCUGAUGACAUCGAUCACCGCUCCUCUCAUACCAAUAUCGCCCAAGCUAGCUCUGUCUCCUUUACACCACCACAGGUGCCAGUCUCUGCAUCCAUGCCGUGGCUCGGUAGCGGUCAGACCAGCAUGGGGGCCAGUGUGAUUAUGAAGAGGAAUCUAAAUAAUGUGAAGAGAAUGACAUCACAUCCCAUAUAUCAGUAUUACAUGACGGGAGCUCAGGAUGGCAGUGUGAGAAUGUUUGAAUGGAACAGACCUCAGCAGCUCAUUUGCUUCAGGCAAGCAGGCAACGCUAGGGUCACCCGCCUCUAUUUUAACUCUCAAGGCAAUAAGUGUGGAGUAGCUGAUGGAGAGGGCUUCCUCAGUCUCUGGCAGGUCAAUCAGACAUCCUCCAACCCCAAACCCUACCUGAGUUGGCAGUGCCACUCUAAGACCUGUGGUGAUUUUGCUUUCAUCACAUCCUCCAGCCUGAUCGCCACAGCUGGACAGUCCAAUGAUAACAGAAAUGUUUGCCUGUGGGAUACUCUCAUUUCACCUGGCAACACGAUGGUCCAUGCCUUCCCCUGCCAUGAGAACGGGGCCACUGUGCUUCAGUAUGCUCCCAAACAGCAGCUGCUGAUCACAGGAGGCAGGAAGGGCUUUGUGUGUGUGUUCGACAUCCGCCAGAGGCAGCUGCUACACACUUUCCAGGCCCAUGACUCAGCCAUUAAAGCCCUCGCACUGGAUGCCUUCGAGGACUUCUUUGUCACUGGCUCUGCGGAGGGCAACAUGAAGGUUUGGAAGCUAGCCGGCCAUGGGCUCAUGCACGCUUUUAGCAAUGAACAUGCUAAGCAGUCCAUCUUCCGCAACAUUGGUGCAGGUGUCAUGCAGGUGGAAACGCGUCCUGGAAACCGAAUCUUUACCUGUGGAGCAGACGGCACCCUAAAGAUGAGGGUCCUCCCGGACCGCUACAAUAUCCCCAGCAGCUUGGUAGACAUCUUGUAAAGCCUGUUUCAACUUCUGAGGGUUCAAAGAAAAAAGAGAAGGAAAAAAAAAUCACUAAUACGUAUGUAACACUCUUUAGGUGCUGAUAGUCUAAUUGAUGGGUACAGAGUUAAGUCAAAGGAUCACUAUGCUUUUGGCAUUUUUGAGUGUGCAGUGUUCAUGGGUUUACUGCUGAUGUAAGUCAUAUCAUAACAACAAACAGAGCUGCAAACAUUUUUUUUUCCCAAAGGCUGAAAACAAAGGUAUCAUACUUGAUUUUAAAGCUAGAUUUAUUGUAAUUUUAUUGAAGAAUCUCUUCAUAGAGUGUGUCCAUAGGGAAGCUAUGCAUGUCCUGUUCUCGUUACGCAGUGCAAUCACAGGUCUAUUGAUAGUGCUCUGUAAAAGUGCUCAAGCAAAAAUUUUAAAAGUGUGUAACUGUCGUCAUUUUGUGCCCACAGCUGAAAUCUCUUAGCAUCUACUGUAACCAGCACUGUGGUUUGUAAUUAAGUCAGUGGUUUCCAGUGUGAAUCAAGUUGUUGGAAUCUGCAUUUUGUUUCAAUGGUUUUGCCCCCUCCCCUGCCCGGCUUUUCUCAGCCCUUAUGGAAGAGGUGAUGGUUCAUUGCCCCUAAUAGUGACACCCCCCCCCAAAACCUACUGUUUUACUGGCUGCCCAUUGCUCACUGUGGCCUCUCCUGGUUUGGGUUCGACCCGGACACGUUUGGCCCUGGAGUGUGUGUUCACUCUGCUGUGUCUGCCGUCUGUACGCCUGCCCACCUGCCUGCCCUCAAAUGCCUGUUUGUGUGGCAGACUCACUGCUAGAACAUUCCUGUCGGGAAGAUGAUGUGUUUUACUCCUGUGACUGUGAUUUUAAUGUUUCAUCUGUCUGGUCCAAAGCUAAACACCCACCCAUCCACUCAGAGCAGAAACACAAAAGUUCACUUCUGGUUUUUGCACAAGAAAAUCUCUAAAUUCUUGUUUGUUUGUUUCUUUUUUAUUAAAUUGAUUUUAUUAUUUAAAUUAUUUAUGUUUGUGUUUGUUCGAUUGAUUGACCAUUUCUUUAUAAACAACUUAACUUAUUGCCUUUUAUUUUAGGAAUGUAAGGGGUUUUACUGUAUCUGACUGGGAGAUGUGCAACACAGUCUACUGUAUGUAAGUGUGUGUUACCUCGCUAGUUGUUUUUACUGUCUUAUCCAUAAGGAAUAGAUAUUUGCACUCAAAUUCUGGAGACACUAAAAGUUUAUUUCAAAUAUAUAAGUUAUCAAAGAAGAAACUGUUAUAUACAAAUGAAUGUCUGGCUUUAUUUGGCCUAAUAGUAAAGCGUUUGAAAUAGUUUUAAUAUAUAAAUUAUAUAAAUAUAAAUAUAUAUAUAUAUGAACUACCACAACAGCUUGUACAAACAUGAAAGCAUUUCUUUAUUUUUGGUUUGUAUCAUACCAGUUUGAUUAGUUGUAACUUUUGUUAAGUGUAUGUAUGGUAUUUAUUAAAGAUAUUUGUGUUUCUCUCCCUC